ACACUUUUGACUCUAAAGGAGUCAAUUUCUACAUUUUCUCUAUGUAAUACACAGGACGACGUAAGAUGGAGGUGGACCCGUUCAGAAAAAUUUUCUGUCAAAUCGGUCUACAAUUUUUUUAUGGAUGGUGGAGUUAGUGUUGAGAGCAUUGUACGCUUGUGGAAGAUCAGAUCCCUUCUCAAAGUCAAGAUUCUCGUUUGGCUAGUGUUGGAAAAAAGGUGCUCACUGUCGACAACCUUCUAAAAAGAGGUUGGAGUGGGGACGAGAAUUGUGUUUUAUGUCUGGAUGAGAAGGAGACUGUGGACCACCUAUUUUCUGACCGCCCUCACACUACGGCUAUGCUAAAAGGAUUGCUCCCUAAUAAACUUUUUCUUAAUAAUCGUUCAUCAUCGACAGAGAUUUGAAAAGUGUGUAGUCUCAAAACGAGUGCACAGGGGGGUAAAGAGCUGGCAACCAUCGCUACCACAUGAUGGAUAGAGGAAAACUCAUGAGGAUGGCUGGCGCAGUUCGCACAGGUGGAAAAGGCAGCAUGCGCAGGAAAAAGAAGGCAGUACAUAAGACCACAACUACUGAUGAUAAAAGACUUCAGAGUACUCUGAAAAAAAUAGGGGUGAAUACUAUACCUGCUAUUGAAGAAGUCAACAUUUUUAAGGAUGAUCAUGUUAUUCAGUUUCUGAAUCCUAAAGUGCAAGCUUCAAUAGCGGCCAACACAUGGGCGGUCAGUGGUUCUCCACAGACAAAAAAGCUUCAGGAUUUACUUCCUGGGUUAAUUAACCAACUGGGUCCUGAUAACUUAGUCCAUCUGAGGAGGAUUGCGGAGGAGUUCCAGAAUCAGGCAUCUACUGCUGGAGCUAAAAUCAAUCAGGAAGACGAAGAUGACGUCCCCGAGCUUGUUGCAGGCGAGACAUUUGAAGCGGCUGCUAAUGAGACCCGAUCUUCGUAGAGGGCCGACACAUAAAACAUUUCCUCAUUGACCUGACCUUAUGACUCGAGUUUUUGCUGGCUUGGUUCUGGCCGACGACUCACACAAGCCUGCGGGUUGAUAGAAGCUUGUUAGCUAACUAGAAAUGCCAAGGGGAUCCUUUUAGCAGUUCACAUUUUGCUUCUUGAUUUUGUACUGGUCUGCAGAAAAGAUUUUUUUUAAUUAUGCGUUCCGUUUACGAAAACCUUUUUCGUCGUGUCUAUUUUUUGUCCUUUUUUUCCCUUUUAUUCUGCAGAAAAAUUGCUGGAGUGUAAUUCCCAAUCGCAUUAGAAGUGGGUAUGACAUAAAGAAUUUUUCCGAAUCCGCUGAUUAAUACCAUGUCGAGAAAUUUGUUGAGAUCUA